AUGGCUCCCAAUCAAAUGCCUACUGUUGUUGAUGUUAAUUUAGUGAAAAAUUUAUCAUCAUCAUUAAAAGAGUAUGAUGCUUUAGUUGUUGUUGCUACACAAUUGAAUGAAAUUACAGAAUUUGUUGAUAGUUCUGUAGUAAAAGAUCUUCAAUCAUUUAGUCAAUUGAAUAAUAAUUUUAAUGAUGAAGUUACACUUAUUAUGAGUGAAAAUGUUCCAGGCAAACGUCUUAUAUAUUCACCAACUGGUCCAACUAAUCGAGAUUUUGAUGAUGUACGUCGUUUUUCUGAAGCAGCAUCAGCUGGUGUUAAAAAGGCAUUGUCUAUUGGUGCGAAAUCUCCUAUUAUUGCAUGUUUUGGUUCAAAACGAUUUCGACAAGCUAAUUUAGUUACAUUACUUGGUGCACUUGACACAACUUAUGUGCCAUUACAAGUUCGAGAAGAUGUACCUGAACGUAAGAGUAAAGCUGAUAAAUUCGGUUUUUUUAUUGGUCAAUCAUCACCUGAUGAUAAUUAUAAUGAAAAAUUAAUUAAAUAUGCUCGAGCUAUUGAAUUUGGACGUGCUGUUGGUCGAGAUAUUGGUGGAGGUGAUCCUGAACGUAUGGCACCACCACGUGUUGCUGAAUAUGUUCAAGAAUUAUUUCAUGGUUCAUCCCAUGUUAAAGUUCAAAUGGUCAAAGAUAAAAAAGAAUUUGAAAAAAAUUUUCCAUUAUAUGCUGCUGUUAAUCGAGCUGCAAGCAUUGUUGAUCGUCAUCAGGGUCGUUUAAUCUUUCUUGAAUAUAUUGGUGAAGGUGAAAUCAAUACAACUGUAUUACUUGUUGGUAAAGGUAUUACAUUUGAUACUGGUGGUCUUGAUAUCAAAGCUGGUGGUAUUAUGGCUGGUAUGUCUUAUGAUAAAUGUGGUGCUGCAAAUGUUACAGGCUUUUUUAAAGUUCUUAAUGAACUUAAACCAAAACAAUUCAAAGCUAUUGGUGUUUUAGCUGUAGCACGUAAUAGUUGUGGUGAAGAAGGUUAUACAUCAGAUGAAAUUUUAACAUCACGAUCCGGUGUUCGUAUUCGAGUUGGAAAUACUGAUGCAGAAGGUCGCAUGGUUAUGGCUGAUCCAUUGUGUUAUAUAAAAGAAUUAGCACUUAAAGAAGUUAAUCCACAUUUAUUUACUAUGGCUACGCUUACCGGACAUGUUAUUCGUGCAUAUGGAACAAAUUACACGGCAGCAGUUGAUAAUGGACCAGCACGAGAAAAUGAAACGUCACAAAAACUUCAAGCAGCUGGUGCUGAAAUUGGUGAUCCAUUUGAAAUUUCAACUGUUCGACGAGAAGAUUUUGAAUUUAUUACUGAUCAUGGUGAAGUAGCUGAUGUACUUCAAUGUAAUAAUCAAUCAAGUAGUGCUACAUCUCGUGGUCAUCAAUUUCCGGCUGCAUUUCUUGCUCGAGUAUCUGGUCUUGAUAAACAUGGUUCUGAUUCUAACAAUCCAUUACGUUAUACACAUCUUGAUGUAGCUGGUAGUGCAGGAGAAUUACCACAUUCACCAACUGGUCGUCCUAUUCCAGCACUUUGUCAAAUGUUUCUUGCUGAUCGAGUUCUUUAA